CCCUGAAGGCUCCCUUUGGGGCCCGAACGGGCCCCUUGAGGGGCCCCAGCGGCCCCUUUUCGGCAGCCCUCGCUGCCCCCCAACAUGUAUCGCCCCCCCAUUGAGCGGCGCCCCAGACCAUGGCCGAGAAGGCGCCCGCAGGGGCUCUGCAGGCGUCCUCGUGCACCUUCUCCCGGGGCGGCCAGUACGAGCGCAUCCCCACGGCCGCGCGGGGGGCCGAGGACCAGCAGGCGCUCCAAGUCCGCUGGGACGGCGAGCGCGUGCGCGUCUGCGGCACGGACUCCACAUGCCUCGCGUCCCUGGAGUGGCGGCACGUGUCGGGCGUGUGGGCCUCCGUGCGGGCGCGGGCGGCGCGCGGGUUUGCCCUGGAGGUCGCCCUGGAGGUCGGCCGUUGUGGCGAGCUCGACUUCCUGUGCUUCGCCGCGCCGAUGGCGGCGCCCGUGGGCGAAUUCCUGAGCGUCCUGCAGGAUUUGAAGGCGGACAAGCUGAAGGAGGGCCGUGCGCCACAGUUCGCCAUGAGCAGGUGGGCUGCGCCCCUGUACGGCGCCAGGAUCUCGGCGAACCGGCUGCGGGUGGUACUCGGGUGGUGGUCCAUCAUUUGGCAGUUUCUCUUCGCCCUGUGCUUCUUCACGCAGCUGGAUAAGCUCGUUGUCCGGAGGGAGCGGCAGGUGGCUGAACAGGCCAGAGAGCUCUGGGAGUUGUUUUGUGGGAUGGUCGAGGACGCCUGGCUCCAUCUAGUCGUCGACACCGAGAUCUCCUUUAAGUCACUGUCCCGGCUGUUCGGAUUUGGCCUGCCUGGCAUCAUGGGCAUGGCCGCUUGGAAGCUGACGGUCAGUUCCUUCGACUGGCUGCAGUUGCUGCUUCUUUUUCAACACUUCCUGGUGUUCCUGGGCAGCCUCCGGGCGAUGUGGUCCGUUCUGACGGCAUUCCUCCAUUCUGUUGGGACCGUUCAUACAGCUGUCCACAAGACCAGAAAGUCGCUGAAGAAGUUGGGGAGCAAUGCGGAUGUGGACCGCCAAAGCGAUAAACCGAAGGACCAGUAGUGAUUAGCGUGCCCUGGAUUUCAGGGUCCUGGAGGAGGGUCUGGGGGUGAAGCACGAGAGGGCUGGCGCAGCCAGGAGCAUGCACACGGCGGCAUGUCUGUAGGAGGCAGCGGGCCGAAGAUGGGGG